CAACGAUCUAAAAAAAACAAAAACACACCAAAAUGUUUUAGAAAGCAUAUCGUCAAUUCAGUUAUGAUUUUCAAGUUCUAUUGAUGUCUCCUGCAGAAUCACCUACUACAUCCAUCGAAAAUGAUCGGUAGACAAUUUAUACAAAAAUCCCACCAAUUAAAACAUUUCAGUGACAAGGGCUUGGAAACUUUUAAGGUCCAACAUGGCUUGGCUUAAAAUUUUCUCAGACAUUUGUAGUUUUUUAUAUUCAACUCUAAGGAAAUGCGUUUAUUAAUAUACAAUAAUGUAUACAAGCACAAGGUCGCUGCCCGUGUUUUUGGUUCAAUUAGAGGUCCUAAUCAGUCAUUGCUAAAAGAGUUUGCUUGUCUCGACUGGUGUCCUCUGACCUACGAUCAACGGUGAGAGGGUGUAAAACAAAAUCCACUUUCUAUACCUGCUUAUCUUUGCAUCUUUCUGCAGCAGUCAGUAGAGUGCUUUUACAUGUACUUUAAAUUUCAGUAUUGUUUAGGGGAAAAAUACACCACAAAACCUUAUCGUUAGAGCAUCUUCUAUUUAUUUAGGUUUAGUUUUAAACCUCCAACCGUAAUAAACUGGUAGAUGAAAUGAUAUUCAAAAGGUAUCCGUCGGCUGUUGCGUAAGAGCCGUGUCAGGCAGUCGGUUGGUAGGUAAAGCAGUCGUGUUUAUCCGCCUGCGAGGGGAAAAAAAAAAGGGAAAGGGAGGGAGCGAUGUGGAGAUAGAUGAAGAGGACGGAGGGGGCGUAGAUCUCUUCAGUAGCCCGUGGUUAGGAAGGAGGCAGCGGUAGUAGAAGACAGCUGAACGCAGCCUCUCUGUGUUGACAUAGAGGAGAACCUGGUGGUUAUACCCUGCGGAUAAAACGAGGAAGACAUAAUCACAACAUGAUUUAGUCACCCCCACAGUCCAGCCUGCCGCAGCAGACGCCAUCGGAAAGGAGCCGAACAGAGCUGCAGUGGAAGAAUGGUGUGACAAAUAGUCUGCGAUUCCCAGAAGAACCACUUCACUUCCUUGCUGAAUAUGGCUUCCAAUGCGCUUCAGGCUCUGGUUCUAUUUUUCUUUCAUUUUUCUGGUGCACAGACCAUCAUUGGUUCCUCCACUUCCUUCACAACUCUAAACCUGCCAAGCAACUCACCUUCACCUACCAAGCAGACAGUUCGAUUCUGGCCUUCUUUGCCUCCCAGAGGGCGCAGUGACGUUCCCAUUAAAGUAACGAUCCAGGAGAGGUUUACAGCUCUAAAUGCGGUGGAACAGGGGCAAAGGAUGGCCCUUCCAACAACACAGUUCAACCCAUCUUUCAUCUUUAAGAUUCCACAGAAUCUUAGCAUGGAGCAAAUUUCAACCCAACCAACUUCCUCAAGGCCCAGGACUGACACAGCUAGUUUAGCAUUCAGCAGGGCUUUACAAAGGCAAGAAGCUGCUACAAAAAGCCCAACUCCACCUUUACCCACUUUUCCAUCUCAUGCAGGGCAUGCAGAAGAGAGAUCGAUCAAAGGCACAGAGGAUGGUGAUUCACAAGGGCUGGGAUCAGGCAGAGCUCCAACAGAGACAUCGGAGAAGGGGAAAUCUGCUGUUCUUCCAGCAAUAGUUGUUGAGGAAAUGGCUCAGUAUCGACCACAGGCGCAGACCAUGGUCUCCAAAGUUACAGAUAAAGAAACCACAUCAAUGUAUGAUCAAAAUGACGAGACUUACAUGUUAGGGUUGACAACAACCAGUGCAAUCUCUACAACACCACAUCAAAGGCCUAAGACUGCAGAAUUAACAGAUAAACUUGGAGCAGAUCAUCCUUCCACUGACAGACUUCAAGGCUCUGCUGCUGUAGCUUCCAAACCCACGUCCAGCUCUGCUGAUAAACAGCCACAGACUGCAGAACAACCUGUCAUGAACAGAAUCCAGGCUGGUCCGAAUCCAAAUAGUUCAGCAGAGCAAGAAACCCACACAUCUACAACCGGUCUUCCAGCUACUACACCAGAGGCUGAUUGGACAGCUACAUCUCAAAGCAUCAAAACAGCAGAACGAAGAAAUACGUCGAGCUCUACUGCGCAGUCGCGAAAAAGAGGGGCUUCUUCACUUCUUACAACCAGCAUCAUUCCUGGGAUUCAGCCUAGACUCAGCCCCAAGUAUCAGGAUGAGAGUAACCGCUCUCUUCUUCUGGGACAUCCUCAGCAAGCUCCGCACUCCACUUUUAAUCCAGCCACAUCUCCUAGUGCCAGUCCCUCUACAAAUGGCACAUUUCUUUACUGGGGUGAUUUGAGCCGCACAUUGGCUAUUGCCUGGGAACUGCAUGUCUACGGCACAGCAAGCCUCUUCCUGCUCCUGUUUGCUGGAGCUUCCCUCGGCCUGAUUCUGUCUCCUGGAGCCAAUUGUCCUAAUCGUGAGGCUCUUGGACUUGCUAAUGCUCUGUUGGUUCUGGCUGGAGGCCUUAGGGCAGUUAUGUUUCUCAUUGACCCUUAUGGCAUACGAAGUAUUCUCCCUCGCCCAGCAAUUACUGCCCUAUACAACCUGCCUCUUCACCUGCUUUUGUGGGCCCAGUCGUCCCUGGUACUUCUUGCACUGAGGGUGGCAGGAGUCAAUGUGUUACCUUCAACCUUAGAGCACCCCCCUCUGUUGGCCGUACUCACUGUGUUACAGUGUACACUGCUGUUAGCUGCUGAUUUGUUGUCUCCAGCUCUGUCUCCUGUAGUACCCGUCACCCUGCAGGUUCUGUCCUUAUGUUGGGGCCUGGGUCUCUGUUUUGGCUACCUUUGCUAUGUAUUUCCUCGUAUACGUUGCCCUGCUCUUCCACGGCACAGUGUUUCUGUAGAGGCCAGGAGAAAGACUUGGACCGGAAGCCAAAGAACAGGAGUGAUUCUAGGAAGAGUGCUGGCAUUCUGUGCAGUUCUUGGAGGAUUGUGCUGCGGCUUGCAUGUCCCUGCUACCUUGUGGUUAUAUGUGUUGUUAGGAGACUGGACACGCUUCAACUGGGCAUGGUGGUUGGUGCACUUCUGGGCUCGACUGCUGGAGCUGACCUGGGGUUUUUUCCUACUACUCCUGGGAUCCUGGGUGUUCUGGAGGCCUGCCACAUGCCAGACAAGAGAGGAAGGAGGGCAAGAUGGCAGCAGAGGCGACCUCCCAUCCCCUGGUCAGUCCAUAGGUUCCCCUCAAAGACAUACAUGCUGGUCUAAGAUAGUCCAAAGCCUGAGGGGUAAACCCUGCAGGAAGUCUGACAGUAAUGGCGUGGGAGGAGGAGCGGGAGAGAUGCCAAAUAACUGGGCUGGACAAGAGCGACCUGGAGCUGACAUCAGCAAGAGUCUUAUUAGGAACGAGGACAAUGAGCAGAACAUGGCCCAGGCACGCUCGGUCAAAGACAGUAACCACGAACGUAACCACAGGAGCCACUCUGCAGAACGAGGCAUAUCUGAGGAUUCCAUGGGCUCCUUGCUGAGACUGCAGACUUUGGGUCAGCCUCCACAGCGUUCGGUGAGUGGCAGUCUAGAUCAGGACAGAGAUACGUCUCUGUGUUUCUAUGAAUUUGACCUGCGGCCUCCCUCCCCCAUUGAUCUGACUCGCAGCAUCGAUGAGGCUCUGCACAGAGAACACUUGAUCACAGGAGGGAGUCUGUUUCAUCCUGUAAUCCACACUCCUUCCCCGGGCUCUGGGAUCAGCCAGGAGCAGUGGCUUCGCAGGAACAGUGAUCCUCAGCUGCUUUCUGAGAGCAGCGAAGCCCCAACAGAGUCCUCCAUGCCUCUGGGAGGUAGCGUGCUUAGCAGUGUACCCAGCAGGCAGGUGACUGCUCCCCCCACACCAUCCCACCAGGGUCACAGGUGGGCUGGGAAUGGCAUGGUCAGCGUUCCCUCAUCAGUCUCUUGCCCAGUGUCGCUUCGCCCCUGCAGAACAUCUAUGGGGCAUCUGGGUGAGGAUGGAGUGGACGACACACGACCGUUUAUCACCCCAGACUCUGAGAGGGCACGAGGGAGAGCUGGGAGACCCACGGGUUCACGCAGUUACCUGGAAGUGAGCCGACGUGACGACUCUGCCAGUGUCAGCAGUGAAAUUAUAGACCUUUAAACCACACAAUGCACAUUAUGACCAGUAGCUGCAAUUCAGAUAUUCAACAAUUUAAUCAAUACUGUUUCAGAUAAAAAAAGGGAAGAUCUGUUCAUCAGACUUCCUCAAGUUGUUUUGGAAAAAGGAACCAGCUUAACAGAGAUUUUAGAUGAUUAGUCUUAAACCACUCAUCUUCCGUCAGUUUGUUUUAGGGAUUUACUAAGUAAAGUUAUGAAAUAGGUUUUAGCAUUACUGGGAAAUAUUGCACAUUUAAACACUCCAUCCUCGCACCUGUUUCAAUCUUUUUCUCUCACACAUUUUAUCAUAUGGUGUGUUUCCACUGCAAGAGCCGUUUCCAGGAACCAGGGCAGAUUUCCAAGACCAAUUUCCACUGCAAGAGCCAGGGCAUUAUCACCAGGUAGAAAUCAUCUUCUGGCAAAAAAAAGCUCAGUUACUCAUGAUGAAUAUCAGUGUUAAGGAGUGUUUAUAUUCAAGCGGAUUAAUAGAAUCACCUAACCCUAAUGGAAAUAUUAAUAUUUUUUUAGGGAUUUGGUGUUCAAAUGAUUUAACAGUGUUUCUGUUUUGAGGCAGAAAUAAAAACACUUAUAUCCCCUGUGAUUUGUGUAUUAUGAACUCAUUUUAGGUUUGAUAGAAAAGAGCAACGCUGCUGCUGCAGCAUGUGUUGUUCUUGCUCCUUGAAUGAUUUAAGUGUUAAAAUGCUUUAACUAUUGCAACUCUUGAUUUAGAAGUGAUUUUAAUUCUGUUUUCUAAUGUAUCCACUGUGAAAUGUUUGGGAUUUGCUCUUUGCCCUCCAAAUUUUCCUGUCAGGAUUCCGAUUUUAGGGGACAUUCUUGUUAUUACGACUGUGACUUAGGAAAAUCUGACUACCAAGUACAACUUUGUCUCCUCUCUUCACCUCUGCUUUGAUCCAAUGCAAGUAAAAUCUGUGUAGGCAAAACUUGUUUAAACUCUCACAGUUAAACUUUUUCACAAAUUUGCAGCAACAUUUUAAGUUAUAAAUUGUAGUGACAGUGACAAAAUCCUCAGAAAUAUUCUUAUUGCUGAAAAUCCCAGUUUUUUGUUUUUGUGACCUAAGCUCCAAACACUUAGUGAAUAGAAAAGAUGUAAAUCAGUGUUACUCAAUUUCCAAAGCAGAGUGGUCAGCAUCAAGAUAAAAAACAUAGUUUUAUACCCCACAGUGGAAAUGCACAUAACAAAACAGGAGGCUCCAACAAAAAUGGUUGCAAAAUGGAAAUGUGCCUACAUACACAUAAUUCUGGUUUUAACUUUAAGCUUUCUGCGACCAGACAUACAUUAGAUGAGGAAAUAUGUUUUAGCAUUUCGGUGUUUGUGAUGUGCUCAAGAUUUGCAGUGAUGAUGAUGAUCGUCAUCCUCCUUUAAUGUAUGGAAUUAGUAAAUCAGGUUAAAAUGUUAAACUCCCUGUAGUGUGAGUGUUAAAGGUCCCAUUUGUUUAUGUGAAAUAAUUUCUUAGCAAAUCAUUUGUUGUAUAUUUUUUAAAGUUUCCACUGUUUGCUUUUGUUAUAUAAAGAUGUGCCAUAAAUAAUCA